AUGCUAUACAAACGCUGCGCCAACGACAUGCAGACGUACGGAACGAUACUGAGACACCUCGGCGCAGGUACAAACCGGUCGAUGCGCAGAAGAGCGAGCAGUGUUUCUUACGGCUACCUAAACCUAACCGUCAGUGACAAAAUUCUGCCCUACGUGGAAGGGCUAAAGAAGAAGAUAAUAUACGUCAGCCGUUUCAAAGACUGCAAAGAGUACGUGCAGGAAAUUCAAAAAAAUGUCCAGGAUGGAAAAUUAAAUUGUAUCGGUCUGGAUGUAGAAGGAUAUAAAAUAGGGAGAAACGGCACAGUAAGUCUUGUACAAAUAUGCGCACAGGAGCAUGUGUACCUCUUCGACGUUUACAAAUGUGAUAAUACAUACUUGUUCAUGAAAUGUUUAAAGGAAUUACUGGAAGAUCGACGAGUUGUAAAAAUUACACAUGACUGCAGGGAGGACUGUUCGAUUUUGUUCAGCCAGUAUAGCAUUUGUCUUAACAACAUAUUUGACACGCAAGUAGCUUUCAAUUUACUUUUGAAGCAAACGAAAAAGGACCUGUAUCAAAUAAGUUACGACGAUUUACUAUAUAAAUGCUUAUUCUUAAAUAAUAAGCACAAAAUAUAUUUUCAUAAAAUGAUUUCUCUUAAUCAGAAGAUAUAUUUGAAGAGACCCAUAGCGAAGGAACUUAUCCAUUAUGCCAUCCAAGAUGUCAUAUAUUUAAAGCCGCUCAUGUUGAAUUUGGUGGACAGACUACUCCGUGUGUGUAAAGACGGUGAGGGAGGAAGUGAGACGAGAAGUGAGGCUGGGAGUGAAACAGGAAGUGAGCCAUUUGGUGAAGAGGACUGGAACAGCAUUCAAAACAAGGAUGAUGUGAUCAGUGAAGGGGCACACAACAACCUAAGUGAACAUAAGACUAACUUAAUAAAACGUGUUGCAAAGCUGAGUGAGAGGUACAUCAACUACCAGUUUUUAAACACUCAUGUUAAAAAUGAGAAAGAGCUACAGAAGGGAAUGACCCUCGAUGGCAUGAUCGUCUCCUGCAACAAUUUAAACCUAUACGUCAAGUUGAAUUUGAGCAGGAGGGGCGUCAUAACGAACUGUCUGAGGAACGAAUUCGAAAUCGGGGACGUCAUUAAGUGUGUAAUCCUCGGGUUUUGCAAUAAUGAUUACAUCAAACUGGGGUUGUGCGACCCGUCCCUGUGUGUGGUGACGCCUGAAGUGGGGCGGUAA